CAGACAUUUUGAAAGGUCCGCACUGAAUAUUUCAAGAUGGAUGCCCCCAUGGAAAACGUGAUUUUUGCGUUCAAGUCAGAAAUCAUCAAGAACAGCAAGGAUAUUAAGGAUUUUACAUGUCUUCUACAGUUGACAGACGAAAACAAAUUCUUCAGUCUCCAGAAGACAUAUGGUCUGCAAGAAACCAUCAGCUAUAUUCAUGGCUGUCUAAAUACAUCUAAACUAAGAACAGAGGGAUUGGUUUUACUUGAGAAGUUAACAGAGCAAUGUGUUACCGAAGUAUUUACACAGAAUGCUGUUACAUGGAUCAAAUUUAUUAUUCAGUGUUUAGAGUCACAUGACCCUGUAGAGGUCAAGAGAUUAUCCUGUCGUGUAGGAUGUAAGAUAAUACCUUUAACAGUCAACUUCACUGCUCUUAGUAAAGAUAUUAUAUCUGUUUUACCACAGUUAUUAGCAACACUUAUAGCAGCAAGUUCUGAGUGGCUUACAGCAUCACUCAAGCUACUUGGAGUAUGCAUUCAAAGUUAUCCAGGACCCUGUGGAACAUUUAAGACUAAAUUGGAAGCUAUGGUAACAGAGUUAUUUAAGGAGCAGUCUGUACCAAAGGAAGCUAUUUCCUUGUAUGUAUUACUGGCUAGAGUUGGUGGUGGAGGUAACAAGGGGAUCCAUUUCACUGAGGCAUGGUCUUACAAGUUUCAACAGAUCGUUACCAGUCUAACAGAAGUAGUUAACCUACUUUAUAAUGGCUUGAAUAUACCUGAGUUAGAAUCCACGUUUACUGUUCAAGUCCUGCCAAUGAGAGAACUUCCAGAGACAUACACAAACAGAUUUAACAUUUUAUCAUCUUAUCACCGUACUUAUUGCCUUUGUUUACAAGAACUACUCAGUCAGCCCUUUCCAGCGCCCGUAAAAAUUCCAGUUAGUGAUGUUAUAAGACUUGUUACUAAAGUGCUGUCUGUCAAUAUCAGAGAUUUAACCCUGAGACCCUCUACAGAAAGGUUGUUAUUAUCAGGAUAUAUAUCAACACUACACAGUGAUGCAGUACUUUGUCUUCAUAGUCUUAUUUCAAGAUGUAAAACAUUACUCUUACCAUAUUCCAAGAGCAUUAUUACUGUGAUGGUCAAAGAAUUAAUGUUAUUCAGGACUAAAGUUGUUUAUGGUCAGAACAGGGCCCACAGCUCUUUAAGGCAGUUAGUAUACAAAACACUGGCACUAUGGCUUCAGACUACAAAGUCUUUCACAAUUACUACAGACGAAGAUGACUGGUUAGUCCAAGAAAUAAUCCAUGAUGUCAGACCUCACACAGAUAACAUGAAGACAGUUUCCAUCAAAACCAAAAAAGACAGUUUUGAACCUCCUCCAUCUAAGAAGAAGAAAAAGGGAGGUUACUCUGAAAUUAGUCAUGGAAUUAGUACACAGAAGAAAGUAGAUCUGGAGGCUAACUCUGAACUAUGUAUGGUAGCAUUGGAAGUUUUAUAUUGGUUCCUUACUACUGUUGGUUGUCAACUUAAGCAGAAACUAAUUGAGGAGCUGCAAGAAUUCCUUAUUUCUGUUGCCAUUACCUUCAGAUGUAAGGGUAACUAUGGAAUACCUUAUGCUGAUGAUAGAUGUCGCCACAGUCUGCUCAGGGUCAUGCAAGCGUUUAAUGUAAUGCCACAUCCUACAGCCUCAUCAUUACUGCAUUAUUCUCUAUCAGUUCUCAGAUGUACAUCUCAGGACACCAGUUUGUUGGUAUCAUCAUACAGCCUAGAGUCUCUACAAGCCUGUGAAGCCCUUAUACAUGCCAGAGCUCCAUCUUAUAAUGUAAGGAAAACAGUUUCAAGGGAGGUUAUUGAAGAUAAAAUAGACAUUAUCCAGCAAGAUAAAGCUGCAGAAAGGAGCAGCAUAUAUUUAUCAGGACAAAAAACAUCAUCUUUAUUUGAAUCAGUCGGAGAAAAACAUAAAGACAAUGGAGAGUCCAAAAAAAUCUUUACGGAAAAAAAUGUCAAAGAAUCUAAUGUUGAAGAUAUCUACGAGAGAAAACAAAAGCAUGGGGGACACGGUGAUUCUGACAAUCAACUGUCUAAAAUUAUUGACCAUACUUUUACUAAGUCAACAAAUAAUCAAGGUCAAAUUAAAGCUAACCUUUUUAAUGAGAGACAGUCUAAAAUGGAGGAACAGGAUGCUAACAUGAUGGACACUGAUGUUGAUGAUACACCAGGAGGUUUAAUGGAGUCGAGUGUCAACCAGAAAGAUACUGUAGAAUCAUCAACACCUGAAAUAUUACUGAAGGAGAACAAUUCCGAAGGAGUGAAAAAAGAGGAAGAAAAACAAACAUUGUCUAAUGAAGACCAGGAAAACAUAGUAGAUAUGCUGUCAGCAUUUGUAGAUAUAGAUGAAGACCAAUAAAAAUCAACCAUGAUACACCAUCUUAUUUAUCUGUCACCAAACAAUUGUCACACUAAUAAAAAUCAACCCUGAUA